AUGGGAAUGGCUGAUGUGGAACAUAGCACUCCCUUCACCUUCAAUACCUUUUGCCGGAUGUAUUGCGCAACGAAGCCCUUCAUCGCCACUGCAGUGAUGAGGUUUGUUGAAGAGGGCCGUGCCACUUUAGAUGAUCGUCUCUCGGAUUACAUCCCGGAGUUUGCAACCACGAAAGUGAAAGUGGAGAAAACGCAGGAACUUGUCGAACCGAAAAGACCGAUCUUGCUGCGCCAUUUGUUGUGUCACUUGUCAGGAAUUGGGUAUGCACCAGAAGUGGGUGAACCCAUCGAAGAUGACAUCACCCAAGCUUACUGGGACUUGCAGCAUGAUGUGCAAAGAAAGAAAAUCAAAUCAUUAACGGCCUUCACUCGUGCACUGGCAAAGAUUCCUUUGUGCGACCAUCCGGGGAAUGAGUACAUCUAUGGCUUCUCCUUUGAUGUCCUCGGCCGGGUUUUAGAAGUGAUCGGAGGGAAGAGUCUUGACAAGGUGUUGAACGAGAAGGUCUUUCAACCCUUGAAGAUGCAGGAGACCAAAUGGGCCCUGAAUCGUGGUGAACUGCCCCGUUUGGCAGCUUGCUAUGCGCAUCGGGACACCUGGAAAAAGAUUUACAGCCACCGUAAGCCAGUGAAGCCGGUGCGCCCCAACCUGGUACGGAUCGAUGGAGAGGCGCAGAAAGAUAGCCAUUGGCUCCAGGGUCAACAAUGCAGCCUGAUGUCUGGCGGAGGCUUCAUGGGCUACUUAUACGGUGGUCUUGUGAGUACCGUCCUGGAUACUGGCAAAUUUGUGCAGAUGUUGAUGAAGAAGGGAGUCAUGAUGAACGGCAAGCGAUUUCUGAAGGCUUCCACGGUGGCCCAAAUGGAGAAGAAUCGCAUCAGAAAGGGAGACAAGGUGAACUUUUUGGGGAACAUCGGCACGUACAGACAUGGCCAUGAGUAUGGUAUGGGCGGAGCUGCCUGUACCUACUGGUCCAUUGACAGAGAAGAUGAGACUGCAGCGGUAUGGUUCACGCAGCACGUAGACAUGCCAGAGGUGGAAGAAAUGAAGGGUGUCCACCACAAGAAGGCCGACCUCUGGGCCAUGCUCCACAAAGCGGUCAAAGAAACCAGGCGGCGGAGCCAAAAGCGCAGGUCCAAUGGUGUCAUUCCAGUGAAGAAGAAAGGAAAAAGGGCCAAGUAG